CUGAAAGUUCUUAACUGUUAAAAUUCAACCACUAAGAGAAAAUCAUUUGAAAGGCAAAGUAAAAAUAUAGAUAUGAGCACACAGAGAGAAGAGUUGAUUCAAAACCCGAUUUUGCCACAAAUAAGCUCGGAGUUGAACAAUGAGGAAAACACCAAGAAAAACGACCUGUUAUUGUCAGAAAGAGAGAGAAAAGCUGCUUUCUAUCAUGGUUAAGCGAUACAGUGGCAGAUAUGUUACAGCUGAGUUGGUGAUGAAUACCACUCUGAGUGCUCGUCUGACAGGUUUUUGUUGCGCCUAUCAUACUCUCAGCUCCUCCAGUGGGAUCAUUACGAAUGCAAAUCCCAGUCGCAGCGGUGUUUUAUGACACCUGUUCUUGUUUUCCACGCCGUUCCAUGCAAGUGUCCCGUGGAGGACUUGCAAAUCAAGACACAAAACGAGAGAAGGGCGGACAGGUAGGCUCUCUCAGCUGUCAGCGUUUUCCCCUGUCUCCCUUCACCCUCCCCCCCUCCCCAUCACAGCUCUGCCAUUUGUGUCGCCAUCAGUCAUUUUCACAGCUCCAUCCCUCUCCCUGUCUCCCGCUCUCUCGAUGUUAGAUGAGGACAUUGCACCCCACCUCUACCUGGUACUUGAGCAUCUGCUUCUUCCUGCUGCUGGUUUUUCUCCGGGGAGUUUGAGGUUUGUGGAGGGCUCUGUGUGAAAUGGGUCAAAAAGUGUCCUCGUACCUUUGCAGAUGUCUGGUUCAUGCAGAGGGAACCAGUCCCAAAAAAACACGCUGUGGAAACAAUGAAAUGCAUGAAUCUGGUAAUACCUGCAUAACAGAGACUUAACAUGUUGUUUUCUACCUGAAACAAUCAUCAGGUGAGAUAGCAAAGUAAGAAAAAAGAAACUUAUAUUACAAUAAAUAACAGUUAAAAGUUAAAGGAAAACAUCUUAAUUGAUCAGUUCUGCAGUCUAAUUUUGAUCGUGCCUCUCUGAAGUUGCUCAUGGUCAUUUUUUGGCUUUUUUCAAAACCAAUUUCUUGACAUUAUUUUUAUUUUCAUCUCUGAAAUCAAAUGAUUCACCUCUUCUUUGUUACAACUUUCUGUUAAUAAGCAGACCUUGAAAAAAAAAGGCAGUGCGGAAAAGGUGGGUUUGGAGCUGGGUCUUGAAUCUGGUGAGGUCGGUGCAGUUUCUGAGGUCCAGUGGGAGUGAGUUCCAGAGGGUGGGGGCAUUUAAUAUGAAGGAAUACCAAGUGGAAUAAUUUCUGCUGCUGCAUGAGGCUCAAGGAUGAGAAACAUAAUGUCAGAUUUUUCAUGAUGAAAAACGGAAAAAUGUUAAAACCUCAAGGAUAAAAUCAAAACCUUGAUAAAUUUUGGCUUUAGACUUCAAAUGUUGACUUCAUUUCCAAAUUUUGACUUUUUGUCUCUGUACUAAAUUAUUUCUUUCCUUCAAAAUUUUGACUUAUUUUGUCAAAACUGAAAAUCUUUUUUUCUGCUCUGCUAAAUCCUCUCAUUUCAUUCACUGCAGCUUUGGAUACCAUGUAACCCGUUAGUUCUGAUGAAACAUUUGACCACUCUUAGUGAACAUGGUGGUAACACCUCCAUGCUGCAUCCAAAACGAGUAAUUUUGAUGUAAUUAUAUCACCUUUAUGCCGAUCCAGUAGAUGUGGAAGCUCACAGUGAAUCGGCCGAAAAUGUCUCUUAAAAGUUCCAGAUAUUUCAUAUCUUAUAAGUUUUGUAUUCUUUAUAUCAGUAGUUUGGUAACUGUGGUGAAAUACACGACAAUUAAAAUUAAAAGCCCUUUUCUAAUUUCUCAUGUAUCAUAAUGAAUUCUUAUUUGAGCCUCUUUUUUGGCUUUUUGCUGGUGGCACAUCGUUUCUUCUCUUUUAAUUGGCUUUGUAAAUUAAUUAAAAGUGCAAUUAAAGGUGGGGUAGGCAGGAAUCUGUUAAAGAAGCUUCUUUUUUUGUGGUGUUUAUACAAAAAAGCUUUUAAUAUCAGUCAAUAGUUAUUAGUUAUUGAUGACCUUUGGUAAUAUAACAAGAGCACUCCGCUCUUUCUGACUGUAAACAAAGCCUUCCCUACCUCCCACAUCCUGAUUGGUUGUUAGGCGGACGCUGCUCCCCCGUGUCGUUCAGGAGCCCAAACAAAGUUAGCGUGCUACAAUAUUGGAUAGUAGAAACCAACCAGAAAGUUCAGAAAAUUGUCUGAAUUCUCCUUUGGCCACGACUGCCAACACAAGCAAAAAAACGAAGUAAAUACCGAAGACUCUGGCAGAAUAUCGGGCGCUUAAAACGGAGGUAGACCGGACAAGAGCUAAAAAGCCGGGUCAACAUAAACGAUGGGGGACGCUUGGGGAUCUUGGUGACCCUGUAACCUUUCUGCUGGACAGGUAAACCUCUUUAACAAAGUAAGCCAAGUGUCUGUAACAGAAGUGUUUCUUGUCAAACGGACCUGCUGUAGCGUGUUGUAGCGCCAUCGCUAAACUGUUGACCUCGGGUCCUGGACUGUGUCACGUUCUCCUAGUUGUAGAAGUCCUGCAAACAUUGUGUUUGCUGGUAGUCUGUUGGCAUCUACAGUAGCACCAAUGCUUUUGACUUUCACCUUGACUGGGCCCCAUUUGUAAUGAUCUGAAGUAUUUAUCUGCAUUAUAUCUGAAUUUAAUUGAAACGAUACGAGCGAGCAGGAGCGUCUGUUUGUGGGCGGGGCUUGCUGGAGCAGAGAGGGAGGGGAGAGGAGGAGCUGAGGGGAAAACUGGUUGGGAGGGGUAGAGUUUACAUUCAAGAUUUCUCCCAAAAACUGGCACUAACUCAGAUCCUGACUACCCCAACUUUAAGGAGAAGAUGAAAAAAAAGUCAGGUGCAGUGGAUUUUGGCAAAGUGAACCCAAAAAGUUUAUUUGAAAGGGAAUCGUUUUAGUCAUUUUGCACACUUUAAAUGGGCGAUGGUGGUGGGGCUGAGUGUGGUAUCUCUUAAACUGGUUUUUGCAGCUUUAUCAUGGCACAUACUGGAGCUAAAAAGGUUUAUAUUUAACGUAGACUUACUUUCUCAUGGAAAUAUGUUCUCUUCUCUAUGAGACGAACAUCUCCAGGGCGAUUAUCUUCAAAAUCCAAAAUGCAAAACCAAGACAAAGUUCAUGUUCAGACCUACAGCAGUAUUAUCAGGGCGAGGUACGCUGAAGCUGUUCCUCCUUGUCUGCUUCUUUUGCAUUGUAAACAUGUGAUUUACUUAACUUUCCAUAAGGUGUGUGCAGAUGCUAGCCUAAAGAAACAGUCUAAAAGUCAAUGGAAAUCAACAAACAGAAUUCUGAGUUUUCAACAUUAUUUUUGGUGGAGGUGGAGUUUUAAAAGUGGAGCUGUUAUUUGUGCAAACCCCGGUCUUGUUUGUGCCACAGCUCAACAUGUAUGGGCUUGUACCUGUGAGGUUUUCUCAGGUAGAGCCAGGAGAAGCCCGUGUGUCUGUUUGUGCAGAUUCACUUCACACAGCUCACCGUCUGGAAACAUCCUCCAGUUUUUCCAGAAAACACAUGUGAGUAUGAACUCCAGAUUUGGCUUUAAGCUUCAAACUUUAGGAAAAACUAUAACUUCUCUGGCAUUGAGGAUGAUCUUAAAAAAUGAACUUCCCUUCUGGUCAGACUUGUUCUUCAGUAAUAACGUCUCUUUCCGCUCUCUCUCUCUCUUUCUCGGCCUGAACGCGUGUUGCUAAAACAAAACGUGGAUGUGUUUUGCGGAUGGUUCUCUCUUGUCUGCGAGUUUGAGAGCAGUGUUUGUGAUGGGGCUCCUGUGAUCUGAGCGGGUUUUAUUGGAAGUUUCUCGCUCUGUAUUUUCUGUGUGUCUCUGUGUUUCACAAUAUGCCUCCAGCUCUCUUUCCCUUCCUUUUUUCACUUCCUAAGAAAACAGCCCAAACACGAGUGAGAUCCCUCUGAGCUGAGUGUGCUCUGAGCUCUUUCUGCUCUCAAUAUGAUGCCAUCAGAAAAAAACCAAAACAAGUGGCUGUUUUUUUCAAUCCUGCCUGACGCCUUGUCCUUAACCUCUGAGGGUUUGAUAACUCAUCUCUUAAAGCUCAAUCUUAACUUUUGAAUCAAUUAGCUCUUUUUUUAUCAGACGUGACAUUAGCGGGAAUGUGAUUUAAUCCUGUCAAAGCCAAGGAACUAAAAAAGGCUGAACAUUCACCCUGCUGCUCCUCCGACUCUGAACAAUAUCUAAGAUACGCUGCUGAUCCUAUACUCUGCAAACAGCAUCUCAACGUUUGCACACUUACAGUUUCACUUUCUUUCUCAUCGUCAUCUCAAACAGGAAUGUGUUCAGAUUUUCAAAUCACCUUUUUUCUUGUCAGUUUUAUUUUAAAUGCAUUAAGAGUGACACUUAACCUGCAGGGUAAAGGUGUUAUUUUGCAGGUAGAAGCGCACAAAUGUACAAAAAAUGUUUCUUGUAUGUUUUGUGUCAUGACCUGGCUCAGGUGGUCACAACAAAAAGAAGAAGGAAGACACACACCAUGUAUGAACUCCCAAACAACUCUGUUAAUUCAAAUUGAAUCAAAUUAGAAUAUGUAAGGUAUGAGGUGUGUACAUCAGUAAAAAUCAGUAUUGUGUAAGGCGUGCAUGAGUGGAAGUAGGUGUAUGUGUGCGAGGGUGUUGUAAAGAGCAAACAUAAACUACAACUAAACCGAGCCAAACCAAACCGAACCAAACUAACCAAAGCCAAACCAAAUAAAGCCAAAAUAAACCAAACUCAGUCAAGACAAGUCAAGACAAGUCAAACCAAAUCAAAUAAAGCCAAACCAAACCAAGUCAAACCAAGUCCCUGUAAAGGCAGCCAAGAGAGGGAAUGGCAAGUAACUGUGGGAGCUUAAACACUCCCAGCACCCAGGGCCCAGGUGUGCAUAGUUGCUCUGAUUAGGGUGCAGAGAGAAGCCAACCAGACACACCUCCCACAGCAGCAUGACCGUUUAGGGACAUCACAUUUGUUUAAAGGGAUAUUCUGGCAUAAAAAUCUUCUGCCUCAGCAUCUUGGUCUGAUUGCAUUUCCAUAAAGUAAUGAUCAUUAAUGUUCUUCCUUGAGCUGCGUCACCCCGCUGUAGUCUGCAAUGGACUGGCCUGAGGUCUCACUACAAACAAGCGACUGCUGGAAGAGAGUAGGUGAGUUGUGUUUAGUCUCUUUGCUAAAGAAAUUAGGCAAAGUUAAAAAGACGUUUGGUGGCUGUUGAUGAAGUUAGGUGCUGUUCUGAGCAUUAUUUGUGGCUAUAGAGUGGUGUUUUGGUUGAGGUUUGUUUAUGGCUCCUCAGACCGCUGUGUAUUGAUAUCCUGCAGUCGUUACUAAAGUUGGUAUAACUAGAGAAGCACGCAGUUAGCAACAUUCAUCUCUCGAGGAGGUGUCUAACUCGGUGUUGCGGUGUGUUUGACCCUGAAAUUAAUUAUACACUGGAAUAUCCCUUUAAGUCAUUCAAGGUGUAAAAAUGCAGCAGAGGACUUUAUGAUUAAGGCUCAGAAGUUUCCAGAAACCUAAAUGUACACAGAGGGAAAGAUUACGCUUUGCUCACUUGUCCUUGUCUGCAUAAUGAUGAUGUUUUAAGCCACUUCAUUCCUCACAAAUCUCCACCAAGUUUGAACAGAACUACACAGAAAGUGUAGGAUUCUAUCACUGGAAUAAAAAGCAGAAAUGACGAUAAAUCUGUGGAUGUUACGGCUUCCCUCUGCAGCCCUGCAGAGUUGUUUUUAUGGCCGAGAGGUGUGUAGCCAAACACACACUUCAGCUGCACUCGGUUCUGUCAGCCGGACAGCUGUGACAGCAGAACAGACUAUGUGGCUUUUGGUCAGCACUGUUUAUUUGAUGAAGCGGGCUGCUGGACUGCGCUGCCUGCAGCAGUCUUUUUCUAGGUGCAGGUGCUGAUGACGAGACGGAGGAGGUCAGAACUGUGCCGCCGGCUGAGUCACACUUCAGGUGAAGAAGGCGAAAUUCAGGUGUCAGUACGCUGAGUUACAUCAGCCGCUUAUGAAGAUGUUUGCAAUCAUUGUUGAGUGGAGUGUGAAAAAGGCAGAAAAGUUUGGCGAUGAAAACUGAAGUUUGUUACACACCGGCGAAUUAGCGAAGUGAAUAAUUAGCUUUUUUGAAAACCUCAUAAAGUAAAUAAGAGCUUCCACACCAGCUACAAACUUGUGUAGAGCAAAAAAGCAACUAAUUUUUUAACCUCUGUGGUGAAUUUUGCAAACAUUGACAGGUGAACUGCUGUAUAGGGUGACCAUACAUCCCUUUUUUGUCCGGACAUGUCCUCCUUUUGGGGGGCUGUCCAGGGAAUUUUAUAAAAUCCUUUAAAUGUCCGCAGUUUUUUACGUAAGUUUGGAGUUUGUGUCAUGUGGACUUACUGAGUUAGAAGUGCGUAAAAGACACUCGAUCUGACCUGAAAAACUCUCAAAAUUAACUUUGUGCGACUCUGUGACCCUGCCCCCACGUAGUUGUGUCCUAUUUUUGAGAAGUCAGAACAUGGUCACCCUACUGCUAUAUAAAUCUAUAGCCUAAAGGUCAUUCCACACUGGCGAAUAAGUGAAAAUUAGACAUUGAAAUGUUAUGCAAAAAUGUUCAAUAUUUGGCUUAUGCCUUUUCCUAUACACACCUUGUGCAAUGCGGAUAAAAUUUGUAGAUUCCAUAAAAAUAUGCCACGGUAGAGCAGAGGAGGAGAGAAAAGAUGGAGAAACAAUGGCGACUUUGCAAAUUUUAUUCAUGUCACACCAGGUGUGUAUAGGCAAAGGCGUAACCAAACUUUUUCGCAUUUUUGCGUCGCUUUGCUAAUUCGCUGGUGUCUAACGACUUUAACACCAACACAGAAGCACUGAAGGCUGCAGUUCCUUAAGUUUCCACUUGAGGCAGCAGAAUCCAACAAAGAUAAGGAUGACUAAUUAUUUACUUUUUCGCUGUUUUCAGGUGCGCUUAUAACCACAUUAUUAGGGGCUAGGCUUAACUGGAGUCAUUCGUGUUGUUAAACUGUGCUGCUUUCUACCUUGCGUUUGAUUUCUUUGUAAUGGUGAAGUAGUUAAGAAGUGGUUUUGGCCAUUUAAACCUCUGUUUCUACUAUUUGGACUGUACCCACUCAUAAAAAAGUUUGGUCUCAUAGCAAUUAAUCAGCCUUCCCUCCGAUCUGAAUAAGCUGCGAGUUUUCAUUAUUGUUUUUGUAUUUUAUAGUUAUUUUUGACUCUAAUUGGCCUCCUUUGUGCAAAUAUAACGAGGCAGAGGUGACAGCCAACCCUCACUGUUUGCUUUGGCUUCGACAGAGUUGGUGCCGAUGUUAAUAUUCAUGUGACAACACCAGCACAUCCUAAAGUUUGGAUCUCCUGGUCCACUCUGUCGGGGAUGGAUAGAAAUGACUGCACCAUGUAUUUAUUAUCAUUUUAGAUGCAACCAACACAGUUUUGUGCUACACUGAAUGAGUUCCCCUGCUUUGGAGCCAUGCCGGCUCUGCCUACUUGUACCAGAUUGCAUUGUGCACAAACAGCGACAGCCUAGAGUCCCUGCUUUUCUCCAGCUGUGUACUUUGGCUAUGAAUGCAGCUUGAAAUCUAAGUCAGCCAGAACAGAGUAAAUGUGUUCUUGCCCGUGAAAUUCCAUGCAUUCGUAUUUCGGGAGCUCUUUUCACUGUUUGCUGCUUAAAUCUGAAAGCUUUGGGACACUGACCACAGCUCCCAAACAUCUACUCCUGACACUUUAUAGAGGAUUUUACGGCUUUGAGGCCCUGAAGUGUUUAAGAGAUGCAUCUCACACAUAAUGAGAGAUUGUUAACAUGCUCGAAAUACUCUGAUUAGGGUUGGAUUCAAGAGGCAUCUGUCAAGUAUUCAGUAUGAACUCAUGGGGUCCCACAGGGUUCAGUUCUCGGUCCAGUGUUUUUUUUUCCAUUUGCAUGCUUUCCUUUGGCAAUAUCAGUAUAUCAAUAUAUCAAUAUCAAUAUAAGAGUCGGAGUAUAAGGUCACCAUGAAUGGGAUUUUCUGUCUGCAUCAUAUGGACCAUGUCUGGAAAUGUUCAGGAGCGUUUGCGUUAGAGGUGAGCAUCGUAACCUCAUGAUUCGAUCUGAUUCCGAUCAUCUGCUCAGCGAUUCAAUUUGAUUUUGCAAUGCAUCAUAAUCACCUCUCACCUUGUGCACAACUAAUUUUUCACCACUUACUACAAGCAGUCGGAUACACAUGUAAUGGCUACACAGCUAGCUUUACUCUUGAUUACAUUACCUGGUCUUUGGUUACGUCGUAAAAUGCCCGCACAGCAGUUUCUGUCAAGAGUCUUCUUAUCAGGAGGUUAUACCGAGGCUCAAGUGUCUUCAGGAAGUAGUGAAACCCAACAUUUUCUACCACCAAGUAAGGCCGUAGAUCCUUAGCAAUGAAGCAUGCAACAGAACAGGUGAUCCUCAUCCCUUUCUCCGAAGCAGAUGGCAAAGUUGUCAGCGCUUGUUUAAUUGUUGGCUGGGAUGUGCUCGCUGUUUUCGUGGCUGUUGCUGCCGAAGUCCUCACAGGGUGGAAACGUUCAAAAUGUUUUGUCAUACUAGUUGUAUUCCCGAAGUACUUCCUAUUGAGUUCAUAAAAGCCAAAAUGAGCCUAGAUGUCUGAUUUAAAGGUAACGAGUGCAUCUUUGAUGACUCGUAUGGUUUCCGCCGUAUCCAUGUCCGCCAUUUCUGUUGUUGCAUGGAUGCUAGUGCAACGUGAUGUGCAUUUCAUUGCAACUCUGCCCCCCAAAAGUAGUUGAAACCUCACAACUUUAUUAUCCAAGCGUGGCCAGAAAAAUAAUGUAAAUAAUAUAAGGGGGGAUUAUGUCACGUCGCUGCAUCGAUGCGGAUUGUGCACAGCCGAAUCGCAUUGCAUCUUUGAAACGAUCAUUUUCCCCACCUCUAGUAUGCAUGUGAAGGAACAACAAACUGCAAAAUGAGGGCAUCCCCACUUCAUACCCAACUCCUAAUGACAGAAAUAGGUUAAAGUUCCUACUGUAUGAUUAGCGCUUCAGAGGACACAGCUUGCAGAUAAAACAGUGAACAUCUCGACUCACAAACGCCGUUGUACCUGUCAGGGUCACCACACCUUUGUACAGUAUAUUAUCUCGGGUGUCAUUGUUGGGGACCUUCUCUGUACUGUAGUUUUUAUCUCCUCCUCACAUCAGUCAGAUUAUGUAAAUGGCUCUAGCUCAUCCUCUCCAGACUCUGAGUCUGUCAGUGCAGAUGCUUGUUCCUUAUUUAUUUGCUCCACUUUCCAGCAUGUUCACUUGCUGUAAUUCCUUGUAUUACAUUCACAGCUCUGACUUAUUCUUAUCUGAUUCCCCGCCACCGCAAAGACCCGCUUCCCCCCGCGGGGAGCAUUAAAUUUUAAUCUAAUUUAGGAUUCCACAACAACAAGUAAACUAAUGACAAGGGGAUCCUGCUAGUUUGGGUGUAAGCUGCUGAGCUGACAUAAAUCAAACUCACUGCAAACAAGUAGAGAAACAAGCCUGUCAAAGAUUUAGUGAACCCAAAUUUACAGUGCUCUCUGCAGUUUUCCCCCCAUAACUCAGACCAAAUAUAAGUUUAUUUAACCUGAAGGAGAGACAAGUAUAUGUUUUCUGCAGAAAUAUCGCACAAGUCAGACAUUUUUAUCCUCUCAGUGUAUUUAUGUCAGCGCUAAAGCGGAUGUCAAAAAGGCAAUGUGUGUUUAGUGGACUGAGGAAUUAAACUUUGUCACCCCUGCUAGUCGGGACCAGAAUUAACAUUUAUUUUUCUUUAAGGGCCGAAUGCCAAUCUGAAAUUUAUGUUGAAGGUGUAGUGCAGCCACCAGUAGAAGCUGCAGCUGUGUCUGGUUUAUGGUUUCUGCUCCAGCGCUUUAUUUAUCUACUACCUGGAUGUAAACAAGCUCUCCUUGAGGGAGGAGCUAAAUCAGAAUAGAUGAUAAAUCUCUCUGUAUUUCCUGUCAAAAUGAAAUGAAGUUUAUUUGAAUGUAUGAUUUCAGCAGAAUAGCAUUACUCGGAUUCACAAGGUGUUCAAACUUGGUUAAAAAUAGUGGUUUUUAAUCAUGCAACUCACUAAACAAUCAAAAGGAAUCAAAAGAAACAGCCUUUUAGCCGGUGAUCAGCAUGAUAACAUUGUGGUCAACAUCAGAGUUUAUCUAUAGACUGAAGGCUGGUGGUGCUAGCUCUGCUAACUUUAGCCGCGCUUUGCAUUGUUGGCACUGUCUAUCUGCAGACCCUGUGAUCUUGUGCUGAACAAGGUUAGAUAAAUCAUUCUUGAUUUUGACUUUUUAAAAAACAUUUUCUUCUUUAAUUAAAGUAAUCUGAGUUUUGAAAAAAAGGGAAACAAUCACUUUGCAACAUCCUGAGUUACUUUUAGUGAAAUUCUUGUCUCUAGCAUUGACUGCAUAAGAAUUGGACAAACCCACAACUAACUUCUCAUCACUUUCUUCAAGCAGUCAGAUACACAUUGUUUCACACGUAAUGGCCACACGGCUAGCUUUACUCUUGAUUACAUUACCUGGUCUUUGGUUUCGUUGUACAAUGUCCGUACAGUAGUUUCUGUCAAGUGUCUUCUUAUCGGCAGGUUAUGCCAAGACUCAAGUGUCUUCAGGAGGUAGCGAAAGCCGACAUUUUCUACCAUGGAAUAAAGAUGUAGAUCCUUAGCAAUGAAGCACACAACAGAAGGGGUGAUCCUCCUCGAAGUUGUGAGCGCUUGUUUGAUUGUUGGCUGGGAUUUGCUCGCUGAUUUCUUGGCUGUUACUGCCGAACUCCUUACAGGAUGGAAACAUUCAAAAUGUUUUGUCACAUUAAUUGUAUUCCUAAAGUUUAUUUUCGUGGAGCAGACUUUACACACAGUGUUUGUCUUCUCAAGCUUCCAAUGAAGAUAAUAAAAGCCGAAAUCAGCCCAGACGUCCGAUUUAAAGUUUAGAGUUUGUGGUCGAUUACUGGUCUAGGCUGGCAUUUCCGCUGGUACUAUCUUGUAUUGAUUUAUUUGUUUAUAUUUACAGGUCACCAUGGCAACUAUAGCUCGCCAUGUCUUGAGUUAAACGCAGCUUUAUCCUCUAGUUUACUUAAGUAAAAGCGAAAAUCAGACAUUAAAGAUUAAAGUUGCGAUUAAGACAUUAAACAAAGUUGUUGUUUUUUUUGAGGCCCCCUGCUGGUCAUCGAAAAAAAGCAGUUUCAAAACUGGUUGGUGGUCUACAUCUGCUGCUUUUACAAAUUAUUUUCCUUUACCUUGAAUUUAAUCAGAGGUGUUGGUUUGAAAUAAACUUGAGUUUUCAUGAAUUUCAUCGGCUGAGUUUGAAAACAAGACAAAAAGUGUUAGUUUCCAUUUUUUAAUAAAAUCCCACAAUUAUUGAUUCGUAUCAGUUAAUUAAAAACUGAUGUUAGAAAAUCAGAUAAACCAUUAAUAUUAAUACUACAGAGAUAAAACUUUGCUUUAGAGUUUGAGCCGUUUCUCAUGUGAGUCAUCUGACAUUUCUUGCUCUGCAGGGCUCCCGUCGAGGACGUGGUGGCGUGGGGGGAGUCACUGGACCAGCUUCUGGAGUGUAAAAGUAAGCAGACACAUGGAUUUACUCCUCUCCUCUGACUCCUCGUCAAACGUUCCUCCCUCGGUUUUCGGCCUCUUCUUUAACCUUCGCCCGACUCUGCCGCUCUGCCCUGCAUAUCAUCCUGAGCUGGCCUCGGGCUCCUUUAGGAGGAUCAGGGAUAUAUUCUCCCUUCAAGUUCAUCAAAUCCAUUCAGAGAUAUAUUUAAGGGGGGAUGACACUGUGCGGAGAUAAGAGGCCUAAUCUGAGCUGCCGGUGCAGACAGGGUGAUUCCAGCCUGCUCUCUUAUUCAUUUAUAAAGCCGCCGCCGCUCUCUUCUGGCUUUCACCUGACUGUUUUCCCAGCCUCUGUUUGAAAUGACUAAAAGGAUUCAGAUAGUUCUCUCUCUCUCUCUCUCUCUCUCUCUCUCUCUCUCUCUCUCUCUCUUUCUCUUUCCCCCCUUUUUUUUCUCCCCAAUGUCCCCUCUCUCAUUACCGUCUUGAAAUGAAUUCAGCUGAUCUGUAAUAUUUCAGCCCGUUGUCUCUUGCGUUGAGAUUAACUGUCCUCCAGAUGAUGAAUUCGCUCUUGCGUCGCAGUUGCUGUGUUUCGGUUUGAAGAAACGCGUUGACACGUGUGACAAAUGGAUAAACAGACUCUUAAAAUAAAUAGCCAGUCUCUUGCAAUCUUCGCCAUUCAUAUACCUUUGCAUCCUGGUGAUUUGAGAGAGCGGAUAGUGUUACGAUUGAAGGCUCCGAUAUGGACAGGGAGUGAUUCAUAGAUGGAAACAAGCGGCCCCGGACAUACUGUUUCCUGUCAAUUACCGUCAGAGCGUCUGCUGUGAUUUAUGUAAAGUAAUUUGUGUGAAUCACGCCAAUGCUCGCAGUUAGCUGUUUGUUUGUGCUCCCUGCAGACUUUGCUAAGUAUGCUACACCUGCAUUAGGAUCGCAGCUCCGCGAAUACUCCUGUGACAAAGGUAAUGGGUGUGGGGAGAAGAUAACAGCGAGUAUAGGAGCGUGCAAUUAUGAGAUGCCGAGGCGCCGCACAUUGGGAUGCAGCGUUUGGUUUUGAAGGGUUUUGAAGUUAAUAAGCGCUCGUAGACAUCCAGCAUAAAGCCGUCCUCUCUUUGUUCACCAACUUCUUUGAGCGAACAAAGUCUACGAAGUGAAAAGAGAGUAUGUGAGUCAGAGAUAAAGCAGCUUCACCUUUAGUUGAGGCACGUUUCUGCUAUGAUUAACCCCGAAAAUGCUGUUUUUCUUUUUAAAGAGCAGGUUGAUUUAAAUAUUAUGUCCCCAGGCACGCUAAUGUGUUGUUUUCGAGUUUAAAAAGACCCUGACCAUGGUGGUUUACUGUAAACAAGGUCUGUGGAAACAAAGCACAAGGUCGUAAAUCUUCUGGUAAUACAAAGUGGAGACACAAUGUGGAGACAAUACUAAUGAGGCAGUUUCCCUUCAGAUGGAAAUAAAAUCUCUCUCUGGAUGAUCUGAACUCAUCUCAGGGUCUUCCUAAGGGUUGAGUCAUGAUGGAGAGAUUGAAUAAAAACACUUAACUUUGCUGCAUUUGCUAAUUAGACUUGUUAAAGGUCGUUCAUCUGCAUUUAAAAGAUUCAUUUUUCAUUCAAGUCUUAGUUUUAAUGAUUUCCAUGGACUGUUUUAUCUCGUGUUCGCCACUAAAUCAACAAAUCUCAGCCUUUAACACCAAAUUAUGCAAAACUAAAGACUCUUUCAUGAGGCUACAAAUACUAAAAAACUAAUAAAUGUGUUUCUAACUUCUUAGACCUAAGCUGUGCCAAUAUACCGGGAUUGAUAAUAAAGUUUGAAAUAUUGAUAUCAUGCAAAAAAAUAAGCAGAAGCAGCCAUAGAUCAGAAGAGAUGAAGAAGACGUAGCGGGACAGCUGUAGCAGCCCGUUAAAGUUCCACUCCAAUGUUUUUUUAAUAUUAUUGUUUUUAUUAUUUAAAGUGCUCUCAGUGGUCUUUAAAUUGUCAUUAUAAAGUUUUUUGCCAAAAUCACGUUUUCAAGCUCUUUUCUUCUGCAGAGCUUCAGCAGCUCAUUAGCAAUUCGCCUCUGAGUUGUGGGCGGAGUCAGCGCCGCUCUUAUAGUCGGUUUCAUAGAUGCAAAGGUGCAAAAAUGAACCACACAAAGACAGAAUCAAGCUGGCAGCCUCUCGCGGGAUUUUAUUUUAGUUACAGCAUCGAACACAACUCAUGACAAUCAGACGGACGGUAGAAGCCCAAAAAUCCUUAGAAUCCUCAGAACUGUUCCUUCUUAUACCACCCCAAUGGCGUCAUUAGUCCUAUUCCCGUAAGCGGACUUCACGUUGGUGUCUGAUAGCCAACAACGUGGCUUCUUCUGUAAACAUGCACAUAUCCUUGCUUCCACACUCUGCUCACUCCUCUUCAUUCUAGCUUGUAGCCUAAUAUUGCAGAUGCAGCAGAAGUGGCAGGUAACAUAGGAGCUAUUCAGCUCUGAUGAUGAAAGUUAAUAUCAUAGUUAACUUUUUUGCUAGCAUUGCUAUCUGCUAGCGCUUGCACUUGUUCCGCCAUCUUCCUCUCUACUUCUGGGGGUCUGGCCUGCAAAGUGGAGCUGCUGGCGGCGGGGCAUGGACAAGAUGAUUAGACACAUUUGCUGAUUUGGUUACCCUUUUUAAAUUCAAAUUCAACUUUAUUUUUAUGGCACUUUUUAGACAAAAAAAAAUGUAGCUCAAAGUGCCUCACAGAGGCUAAAAACAACAAUUAAACAACAAUAAAACCCUCCCACCCACACGCCCACCCAUGGACCCACACACACACAGAGUGAGAAUUUAAGAUGUAUUCUUAAAGAGACAUGGCCUGAAGCCAAGAUAAAGAUAAAAAAUGGUAAAAAAUAGAGACUGAAACCUGAUGGACUAAAAAAAGAAAAAGAAAUACAAUGAACAAAUAAGUAAAAGCUCUUUACCUUAUAAAAAAGGGUAAAAGAAGUAAAAACCUCUAAGGCAGGAGUUAAGAAAAGGACUAAGAACAGAGAUAAUUAAUAAGAUAACAUAAAAGAAACAUUAAGAACUUCGAUUAAACUAAACAUUUGCAAUAAGAGAAAUAUAAAAAGACAAUUAGUGAAAAGCCUGGUUAAAAAGGUGAGUCCUGAGCCUCUUCUUAAAAACAUCAACAGUCUCAUAUCUUCCCUCACUCUCAAUUUUCCACAUUCAUUCUCUCUCGUCAGUUAUCCUAUCAAAUUUGGCAGAAAUGCACAAAAAGCAUAUAUCAAAAUAAGGGUAAAUAAUUAGCAGCAUUUAGUGAAACAGACAGAACUUGUGCACAAUCGUUAACAAGUCUAACGGUUCUGGUUCAAUCUGCUGCAAACUUCCGCCGCUUGUGCAGUGACUGUACAAAGGUUGUUUUAAAACUGUGGCAGAAACAGGUCCUUGAAAUCUUGUUUUUCGAGAUUCAGUUGAACGUUCGACACUGUCAAGGUUUGAAAAUGUCUCUGCCUCUUUGUGUGCAGCCGGGCAGCUGGUGUUUGAGGACUUCUUGAGGACAGAAUACAGCGAGGAGAACCUUCUAUUUUGGCUGGCCUGCCAGGAAUACAAGAAAAUUACCUGUGAGGCGGAAAUGAUGCUCGCUGCCAAAAGAAUCUACACAGAGUUUGUCCAAGUUGAUGCACCGCGGCAGGUACGGCUUUUGUAAAGUGGGACAUGAAUGGAGUCAGACCUGCAUAUCUUCAAAUCAGCUUCAAUUGCUGCUCGCUUGCUCUCGCUGUCACUCCUGCAUGCUUUCAUUCAUAGGACAAUCUUUGAAGGCCACUUUCUCUUUCUUUUCUGCUCAGCGCUGCACAUAUUUAACUUUCUGAGCAUGACGCAGGAGGAUGUAAAAAUAUCUCCAAACAGACAGAAGCCAUGAGUGAAAUAAAAGUUGCUGUUUUUUUCUGAACGCAGAUAAACAUUGACUGCGUGACAAGAGAGGAAAUCAGCGAAAAUCUCUCUCAGCCGGGGCCGAAUUGCUUCGACAGGGCGCAGAGACUGAUAUACGUUCUGAUGGAAAACGACUGUUAUCCGCGAUUUCUCAAAUCUGAAAUCUACCAAGCUCUCCUGGAACAGCAAUGAAAGCAACGUGGAGGGAAAGACGACCGUCCGACGUCUCUCACAGUGAUUGAUUCUGCCCUUCAGCCGACUCUUCUCAGGAUCCCGGUUUAAAACAAAGAAAGCCGCUCUGAGGAGGCAAAGUGAAAAGAGUUACAGAGUCUUCGGUGAGGAUGUAAGAGAGAAACAUGAUCUAAAUUAUGUAUUUAACACUUUUGAAGUCCAAAGUUUGUGUGUGUUUCUUUGUGUCGCACAAUAAAGGCAGUAAAUGAGAGAA